AUGCAAAAAGCGCCAGAGCCCGCCGUCCCUGAAAAGCCCGGAUAUGUAAUUUCAAUAAUUGAAAUCGAAAGAUUCAAAAACUGGUUUUCAGUAUAGAAUGGAGGACGUCCGGAAGUUCAUUUACCAUAUUCGCAAGAAGAAGAUGCUUUGGGGAGAUCCGAGGUUGACCAAGUCGGAAAAGAGGAAAAGUGAAACGUGCCACUUUGUGGAGCUCGAACGCAAAUGUUCAUUCCUUGGAGAAUCCGGGGGUUUUGAUGAAAACGGGAAUGAAAAAUAAUUUAGCAAAUUAAGGUGAAUCGGCGAGGGAUAUCUGGUUACAGCUGUAUACCGGCUGGGACGCACAAUAUCAACGUGAAGAACUCGAUCCGUGUUGUCGUAUAACUUUCAUUUUCUAUUUCGAUUUGAAUUUCUUGCGAAGAGAUCGAAGGUUGGUUCUUGAGACGUUACUCGAAUUCUCUGGUCUUCAGACUUCAGAAGAAGGCGCCAGCGGUCGUAUCUGAGAAGGGAAAUGAGUGUAGUACUGGAGAGCCGGUCCAAAAUCCGUUACCCCAACAGGAGCCAGAAGUCAAGAGAAAAAGGCCGGCCAAAAAAGCUCCUGAAAUUGUGAAAAUUCCGACAAAGAGAAAAGGCUAGUUUAUUGUGUAUUUUACUCUAUUUCAAAAAAAUGCAUUGUGAAAGGAUUUUCAGUGUUAAUGCACUUGAUUUGAACUUGAUAAAAAUUUUUAAAAAAUCUUUAAUUUCAAAGUUUUGAAAUUGAUUUUAUAUGAAAACUUUUACAUUUUUGCAAUAAUAAGUAAAUAAUAAUUGAUACCAUGAAUUUUUUGAGUUUCUAAAAUUUCUUAUAGUCUAAAUCAAGUGCAAAAAAAACUUACAAACUUGAAAAAAAGAAAAUAAAUUUCUGAAAUUUCAAAAUCCGUAAUAAAGUUGAUUUCGAAAGUUUUCUCAAAUGUUUGCACCAAUUUUUAAAGUAAAAUCAGCAGAACUGAAAGCUGGAAGUCAUCGUCCUUUUUUCAGGCCGUCCAGCAAGCCCGGCAACCAGAAAAAUCGCUGAUUUCGUCAAGAAUCUGGUGGGCAACGCGAAAGUGGAGCUGGAUCAGCUCAGUGACCCCAAACGGAAGUUGAGGGAGACGAUGACUUCGGUGCCGAACAAGCACGAGAAGUUCAUCAACAGCGUCGUCCAAAAACUGACCGCUUUGCCGUCUGCAAAGCACGCCGUCGCGAAACAACGCAUCAACCAAGUUUUGGACAAUUUCGUCGCCGAUAACGCUGUACAGCAGCAGCCUCAGCAGUGA